CCAAUCAGAGCACGACACGAUCUGAGACGUGGGGAGUGAAAUAUCGAAUGCACUCGUCACAGCGUCACUUUCAAGGAGGAAAAGACGACGUGGAGAAGAGUGUAGAAGAGAAAAUUGAUCAGAUUUUACAGUGUGACAGCUGUUACCCGACUUUCGACAGAUUGAGAGUCAACACAACAAAUCCAGAAUGAAGACUUACAUGUAUGCGGUACUAGCCGUGGCGCUGGUCGCCAACAUCGCGCACAUCCGUGCUGACGAUGAUGAGGAGGACUCGAAGAAGGACAGCGUUGGAACUGUCGUGGGCAUCGAUCUCGGAACUACUUACUCAUGUGUUGGAGUAUACAAGAAUGGACGUGUGGACAUCAUCGCCAAUGACCAGGGAAACCGUAUCACCCCGUCGUACGUCGCCUUCACGGCGGAGGGUGAGCGUCUCGUAGGAGAUGCCGCCAAGAACCAGCUGACUACCAACCCCGAGAACACCGUCUUCGACGUCAAGCGUCUGAUUGGCCGAACAUGGGACGACCCGUCAGUGCAGCACGAUCUCAAGUAUUUCCCAUUCAGGGUGAAGAGCAAGAACAGCAAGCCCCACAUCUUUGUGGACAUUGGUGACGAUAAGGACCACAUGUUCGCACCCGAGGAGCUCAGCGCCAUGAUUCUUGGAAAGAUGAAGGAAACGGCCGAGGCCUACCUGGGAAAGACGGUCACCCACGCCGUCGUUACCGUCCCCGCGUACUUCAAUGAUGCCCAGCGCCAGGCCACCAAGGAUGCCGGCGUCAUCGCUGGCUUGAACGUCAUGAGGAUCAUCAACGAACCAACGGCAGCUGCCAUUGCGUAUGGUCUCGACAAGAAGGAGGGUGAGAAGAACAUCCUUGUGUUCGAUCUCGGCGGCGGAACCUUCGAUGUUUCUCUCCUGACCAUCGACAAUGGUGUGUUCGAGGUGGUGGCCACCAACGGAGACACUCACUUGGGUGGUGAGGACUUUGACCAGCGUGUCAUGGAACACUUCAUCAAGCUGUUCAAGAAGAAGAAGGGGAAGGACAUCCGUAAGGACAACCGCGCCGUCCAGAAGCUGCGUCGUGAGGUGGAGAAGGCCAAGCGUGCGCUCAGCGCCCAGCAUCAGACGCGUAUCGAGAUCGAGUCCUUCUUCGAUGGUGAAGACUUCUCCGAGUCCCUUACCCGUGCCAAGUUUGAAGAAUUGAACAUGGACCUGUUCCGUUCCACCAUGAAGCCAGUACAGAAGGUGUUGGAAGACUCCGACCUGUCUAAGAGCGAGGUUCACGAGAUCGUGCUCGUGGGCGGCUCCACCAGGAUCCCUAAGAUUCAGCAGCUCGUGAAGGAGUUCUUCAACGGGAAGGAGCCGUCCCGCGGCAUCAACCCUGACGAGGCCGUCGCGUACGGUGCUGCUGUCCAGGCCGGUGUGCUGAGCGGAGAGGAGGAGACUGGUGACCUUGUACUUCUUGAUGUCAACCCCCUGACCAUGGGUAUUGAGACUGUCGGUGGUGUCAUGACCAAGCUGAUCCCCCGUAACUCCGUCAUCCCCACCAAGAAGUCCCAGAUCUUCUCCACAGCGGCAGACAACCAGCCCACUGUCACCAUCCAGGUGUUUGAAGGUGAGCGACCAAUGACAAAAGACAACCAUCUUCUCGGAAAGUUCGACCUGAACGGCAUCCCUCCAGCUCCCCGCGGUGUCCCCCAGAUUGAAGUCACCUUUGAGAUUGACGUUAACGGCAUCCUCAAAGUGUCCGCAGAGGACAAGGGCACAGGCAACAAGGAAAAGAUCACCAUCACCAAUGACCAGAACAGGCUAUCACCCGAGGACAUUGAGAGAAUGGUUUCAGACGCUGAAAGAUUCGCAGAGGAUGACAAAAAGGUCAAGGAAAAAGUAGAGGCCAGAAACGAGCUGGAAAGCUACGCCUACUCCCUCAAAAACCAGAUUGGCGACAGCGAGAAACUAGGAGGCAAACUCGAGGAUGACGACAAGGAGAAAAUCUCAGAAGCAAUUGAAGAUAAAAUCUCCUGGCUCGAAAGCAACCAGGACGCAGACACAGAAGACUUUAAGGCAAAAAAGAAGGAGUUGGAAGAAGUAGUAACACCUAUUAUCAGCAAAUUGUACGAGGGGCAAGGUGGAGCACCACCACCCACAGGGGAGGGGGAGGAGGAAGAUGACUCAGAAAGAGAUGAGCUAUAAGACAGUGGGAACCAAAAGGGGGAGGGGGGUGUUGAAGUAGCACACUUGUAGGUAGACCAUUCACCAUUGUAGUUCUGUCCUGAAAUCCUGUUAAAAGUUGGAGAAAAUCCGAAAAAAAACACGGAAAAUUCCUUGCUAUAGGCUACAGAAACCUGUGUCAAUUCUGUAUUUUCUAGUGGAGAGACCUUGUUCAUUUUUUAUUCCCAAGAUUUAAUUCUUACAUCAAAGGGUGUAAAUUUAUAUCGACUCUCUAAUGUAAGCCCUUAUUUAGAAUAUAGCAAUAGUGUUUGCUUCCCAGGAAAUUUGAGCUUAGACACUCUCAACUGUUCUGUAACUUAUGUUCUAUAAUAUGAUGUUGUACUUGUUGUAUAAAGGUUGUAAUUUCUUCCUAAAGCAAGUUGACGCGAGUAUGUUUAGUGAUGCAGUCUUUGCAGUUAUGUGGUGAUUCCUGUGGUGAAUGCUUCAUGUGAUGUUAAACUUUGGUAUACGCACCAUGCUCAAAUUAUACCGAACUGUGACCAAAGUUUAAGUAACUCCUGAAUUCCAAUGCCUGUUGUAUCCUGUGUUUCCCCGCAUGCUUGUAAUCUGAGCAGUAUGUUCUCAGCUGUGUCAAAGGUCAACUGAAGUUUAAAAGAGAAAGAUAAACUAUUUUUGUUAGCUGAAAUGGUCAGCUGAGUUAUCCACCCUGAGAAGACUUAUUUGUAAAAUAUCAGAUGAUGGUAUUAAAAGAAGUUGAUGAAAAUGAA